AUCCAAACAGACUAGAGUCUGUGCUGGGCUGAUUAUCUUUCAAAUAGACAGCUGGUCAUCUCCUCCAUGUUAGUCAUUUCUUUAAUUUUGCACCACGUUCAAUCAAUUUUAGCCAGAUUUAGUAAAAGUUAACUUAAUCAUUUGCUCAAAUGUUUAUUUUUUUAAUGCCCAAAGUGUGUUAGUAUUUAAAACUACACGAGCUCUACCUUGGCAAAUCACGGAGCGUGAGAGUUUGUUUCUGUUCUUUGAUUGGACUACUUAAAUUAUUGCGGGAGUAGCAAGCUUGGCGGCUCGUGACAUUACGCGCUCAGUCUGCGAGCAGAGUGGUGGAGAUGUGUGUACGUUGAGAUAUUCAGCUAUUUUAGCACGCGCAAAAGUUUUGGUAAGCUAACAUUGCAUUUUCUGUUAUCUUUAAAUACAUGAGAGUAUGUUUUCCAGUAAUAGUAUUAAUGGCGUCUGACCGAGCGAUAGGCUAGUUCUAUUUUUUCCAUGCUGUUUUCAAGUAGUGGUUAUUGAAAGGUCAUAGGUGGUUAGUAACCUGAAACAAAUGUGCUGUCGACAGCUACAAUGAUUUCGUGCUCUUUUUGCAACAAAACGCUGAAGACGUUGAGGGGUUAUGUGCUGCAUUGUAGAGUUCACAGGAACGAACCCCAUCAUUUUUUCAAAUGCGUCGGUAGUGAAUGCAGGCGUACAUUUUAUGCUUAUGCGGCCUUUAAAGCCCAUUUCUAUCGGGUUCACAAUGUACCUGCACCCUCUAUUGCUGGUAGCGCCACUUUUACAGACUUAAAAUGUGCUACUACACUCUGUGAGCGCCAAUUUCACACGGUGAAAGAACUUAUAUCCCACUUAAAACAGCAUAUAGUGGAGGGGCGACCUGUGGCAUGUCCAGUAACUGGUUGUAAAAGUAUGUUCUCUGUGAAAUCGUCAUUUACUGCUCAUAUGUCCAGAAAACAUAGAGAAUGCUCUGUUGAAAGCAUAAGCGACAUGUAUAGGGGGACACUUCCUCAGUCUUCUGCUGUAUUUGCAGGUGAAGAUGCUCCCAAGAGCUUAAAUGAGGCAACAACAAAUGAAGGCACUGAACUGCCACAGAAUUUCAGUGAGGCCUUCCUUAGGAAUGUGUGUUUGUUUUACCUAAAACUGCAAGGGCAGCUCCUUCUUCCAGCUUCAACAAUACAGACAAUUGUUGAAGAGAUGCAAAACGUGCAUUUGUUGGGCCAGGAUUAUGCUUUAGCGCACACCUGAAAGCUACAAUUCUGCUGUGGGCGAUCUACAAGCUGAAGGCAGUCAAGAAAACAAAGGGAUAAAGUGCGUCAUUCUUCGUUGAUUCCAGAAAUGACCGACUUUGAACCAACGUUGCUAAGGACUGCAAUCAGUGAGGUCCUGCCUGACCUUCCAGAAGUGACAAAGGAUAUUCUUGAAGAAACCUUACAAUCCAUUGGGGUAGAGACAAAUGAUGAUUUUCAGUUCACUGAAGAAUCUGAUUUGCACUCAGCCUUGAGGCCAGUUCAAGCACGAAAAGCCAUUGCCGCUUGGAAACUGAGAUGUCAUACUCCUGAAAACAGCAGCUCAUCUCUUGGUGCAUCGCCACAACCUCCUGAAUCCUCACAAUCUGUUUCACCUAAAUCACCCUCAACAUCCUCCAGCAGCAGUCAAAGUCUUUGUGUAGACUCGAUGGAUACCUUCUAGAUAUGAUGGAACAAGUUUCCAGAAGAACUGAUGCAAUCACUGGAGAGAGGAAAACGGCCAAGUCCACGCAUGAGAAGGGAGAUGGUCCGGAUUGUGGUUUCUGAGAUGAUGAAAAAAAGCUCUAGGAUAAGUAAAAGGAACUCUACUGAAGUUGCCAAAAAGAUGGUGGCAAAAUAUCCAAAAUCUCUGCAAGACAUAAUAGAGGGAGAUGUGAUUGGUCCAGGGUAUCACUCUCUAGUCAAGCAAUUGGAGUACAGAAUUGACAAUGUGAAGUGAUCUACCACCCCAAAAAUAAGAAAAAGAAAGCAUCAUCCUGAUGAGUCUGACGCUGAGUCUGUCCCUUCAGAACAGAGAGCAGCAAUCCAAGACACUUAUGGAUGCAUUAACUGGGAUGUGAAAUUCCUGCCCCUUGGAGAAACUACAGAGAGCCAGCAACUGAAAAAAGAAAAACUUAAGAUGAUGUUUCAGAAAACUGAUGCAAAUCCUGAAGAAGUCAAAAAUCUAAUGAAACUGACUUUCUACACACAGCGUAAACAAGUCAACCAAGGAAAAACUAUAAAAUACCUCAUGGAAGAAUGGCCAUUUUGGUUUAGAGAACUUGGCAUGGCAGUCCACUUCAAGGAACUCACUGGAAUUGGACUUAAUGAAACUUUGAGACGCAACGUGGAUCUGAAGGGUGAGCGGCUCCUGAACUACAUGAAUACUGUCUGUGAGAACAUGAACAAAAAGCUCCUACAGGCUGUAACCAAGCUUAAAGUGGUGAGGGGGGAGCUGACUGGUUGCUCUGAAGACGUCAAAGACAUGGUGCUACUUCUGCUGUCCUACUUUGAUGAGAAAGAAGAUGCGAUGUUCUGUUAUGUGGAGGACACAUGCCUGGCAGGGGAAGUACAGAUGGACCAGCUUUACUUGACUCCCACAAUUGUGGUGUGUGGACGGUCCUGUUAUUCUUCUAAACGGUUUAUGCUGAGCGUGGACCGAAACAUUGUGCACGACAACAUCACCUCUUUCAUUUCUGCCCUGUGCAUGAUGUUCGGGAGCUAUUAUUGCUUCAGCAUUCAUUACCCAUCACAGCUGGCAUCAACCCUGGAGUUUCUGCAGAGAUGUUUUUUCUCCAUCAAUCCAGAGAAGGGCACUAAAGUGGAGAAGACAAACACAUCCCAUCUUCACGUGAAGCCAAGAGUCCUUACCUUGAUACAGGAACUUUCAGAUUAUGAAUGGCGUGAUGUCUGAACAUGGACUAAACACACUAACAGUUAUUUAAGGGGCCACACUCACAGCAUGAAGGUUUAUUUUAGCCCUUUAUCAGGUCAGUUCUUCAAGCUUAAGAGGCACAGAAAAAUUUCAGACAAUGUUAUUCUGUUCUGUAUGAUUGUUGGUUAUGUAAUUCCUCAUUUGCAUUCCUGUACCUUAAUUUGAAAAAGAUAUAUUUAUAUUAGUACAAUUGUUCUAUUUUGAAAAGGCAAUACAGCAAUUCUUAUUGGCUGU